AUGCGCCAUCACGUGUGCCAUCUGCCCAACGGGCUGAGCUUCACAGUCUCCCCCGUCUUCGGUGGCUUCACCUUCAAAUCCAACGAUGUCAACUCCAGCCAGUCCAUCGUGCCUCCUGGCUGGAGUAUCGUUCUCGCGACAAACCGUCCAGACCCCGACACCACAGACACCAACGAUGAAGAGCGUGGUCGAACUCGCGGGACUGGCGAUGAUGAGCAACGUGCCCGCCUAACUCGUUUCACCACCCCCACCCUGCGCGAUGACUCCCUCUACAUCUCCUACAUUGUCGACCCACCCAGCAGUGACUACAAGCCGGUCAGCUCCCCCACUCGCCAGAUCGCCAUGAUGCUCUGGGUCACGCUGUGGUGGUACUUCCACGAACCCCAGCCCGACCGUCGUCUGCAGACUGACGCCUCCGCCAAUACCCCGCCUUCUGGCCAGCCCAGAGGUGACUGGCGCGUUAACAUCAAGCGCGAAGGCUUCUUCAAGGGUCGCACGCUGCUACAGAAACUCGAGCGCAUGGGCCUCAUUGCCUCCGAGGACUCGUCCGUUGGCGCUGAGCCCUAUGACCCGCAAUCCUGGGCCAACAUGUUCGUCAGCCGUCGCAGCUUCUGGCAGAUCGACCCCCGGCUGUUCGUCUUCACCAUGAGCCCGCAGGCCAUCCCCCAGUCGGUGUCCGGCUCCCCGUUUGUCCAGCGCGUGGCCUCGCCGUCGCACGAGAGCUUCAACCUCGCUCACACAGCCGGCCAAGAUGUCGCACAUUACGUCCCCAACGAGGGUCCCUUUGCUUCUACCAGCCAUCUACCCACAUACUUCCCUCCACCCCCUACCCAAUACACCUUCACCAACGGCAUCCGACACCCCAUCCGCCCCAAACCCCCACACCAGGGCGACGUCUUCUACAUCCGUUACAUCCCCAGCGUGCAACAGUACCUCUCCUUCCGCAUCCCCUACAUCCCCCCAUCUCAGAAAAACCCCGCCCCACGCCCCAACAACCCCACGCCCAGCCAGUCCGCAAGCCACUCCACCAGCAGUCUCGACCAGCCCUUAACCGCAGGGCCGUCGGACCUCGACCUGCUGCACAAAUGGAUGAACGACCCCCGCGUCAACGCCUCCUGGGGCGAAGCUGGUCCCAUCGAACAUCAGGAGAAAUUUCUGCGCACCAACCUCAGCAGCAAGCACAGUUUCCCCGUUAUCGGCUGCUGGGAUGGCAAGCCAUUCGGCUACUUCGAGCUGUACUGGGUGAAGGAAGACCGGCUGGGGCCGUUGAUUGGCGGCGCCGACAACUAUGAUCGAGGUAUUCACCUGUUAAUUGGCGAGCAGGAGUACCGUGGUCCCCACCGCGUGCAGAUCUGGCUGAGUGCAUUGGUGCAUUACUGCUUUUUGGCGGAUUCGAGAACCCAAACGGUUAUGUUGGAGCCGAGGGUGGAUAACUUCAAGUUGAUUACGUACCUCCAAGAAGCAGGCUUCUACAAGGAAGGCGAGGUUUCGUUCCCACAUAAACAGUCGGCUUUGAUGAAGAUUAAGCGAGAUACCUGGGAGUGUCCUGCUAUUUAG